AUGCUCGAUGCAUUAGAUAUUCCGUUGAAUUCUAUAAUACAACCUCACGAAGAUUUAAAACCACUAUAUGAAUUUAAAGUUUCUGAUGCGCCGAUUUUGAGCUUAGCUUUGAGCCCUCAUCAAGAUUUUAUAGUUGCCGGAACAGGUAAUUCGAGCGGGGGCAAAAAAUUUGCCGGUAUAUUUUUGCGGGCCAAGAGUGAAUGGAAUGAUGCUCAAGAAAAUGCUCUGUUAACUUAUAAGAUUGAGCUGCCGAUUCCUAUCGAUUAUUCAACUCAAGCAUUAGCAAUUUCGGUAGAUGGUGAGAUGAUAAUUGGUCAAAGUGAUGAUUAUAUUUGGAAGUGGGAUAGAGAAAACAAAAGAGUGCUUGAAUUUGAUGGAAGCAAGUUCUUAUCUAUUGAUCAUCAUCCAAGGGUGGAACGAGUGAGAAUUCUUCCCCUCAAAGACAUGAUUAUUAUAAAUCAAGAUUUAUCCAAAGGUAUCUUAUCUCGUAAGUAUAUUUCAGCACGUAUUUUUGAUAUAAGAACAGGAAAGCUAAUAAGAUCUUUGAAGGGUGCACAUGGUUAUUUAUCUGAUUUGGCGGUUGAUCCGAAUGGUACCAUUAUAGCGGGGGUUAUUAAAGAUGGAUCGGCUAUUUUUUGGGAUGCUCAAACGGGUGAACUUAAAAAAGCAUUAAAUAUGGUGUCUGGUAUAUUUGGAAAUCAAGCCGAACAAAAACAAUUGAUUACGAAGAUAGCAUUAUCUAAUAAAUACAUAGCUAUCUAUGGAAAAGAUAAACAAAUCAAGCUGCUAGAUUUCAAUUUUAAAGAGCUCAAAUCAUGGGAUAUAUCAUCUCAAACCAUAGCUGAAUUGAAAAUUAGUCCUGAUGAAAAGUAUAUAAUUUUUAGAGAACUAUAUGGUCCGGUGAUGGGCAUCAUAACUAUAGAAACUGAUAAGAUGAUGAGAUUCAAAAUCUCUGAAGGGCCAACUCAUUUUAUUAUGAGCAAUGAUGCCAAACGAAUUAUCAUUGGCAGUGAAAAGGGUGGAAUAAAAAUUUUUGAUAUUGAAGAAAUCUUAAAAGGGAAAUCAAAGGAAAAAAGCGUUGAUUUAACAAUAACAAAAAAUGCGUUAAUACACCUUACCUCUUCUUUAAGCUCUUUAUCCUCUCGAGGAGAAUAA